CUCCCGACACCCACCCGGUGUGACUAGUUAUAGCGAGGAGGGGCCUCGCGCCCAUCAGGCUGGACAGUCCCCACGUCGCUCCCACCCUGCUGCCAAAACGCAGCUGCUUGGGGCACAGAGCGCAGCACCACAGAGCCAGACACACCGUGCCUGUGGAGCCUUAGCAACCCGCUCCUUUGAAAGGACAUUCUACGUGCAUCGGGAAAGGAGAAGGGACACUGGACUCAACAGCUUCUCUCAGGACCAGUGACCGGGUCCUCCCCUUGGACACCCAGGCGAGAGUACCCACUGGCUUGGGAACUGAGCGAAGAAAAAAAAAUCUAGGGGUUUGGAGAAGUCGGAUUCAAAAGAAAUGUCGAAAGAUAUCCAGGGCAGCCACCGGAGUCCGGAAGCUUAAUAGCCACCGGGUCACCGUGACCCCGGGAACGACAGUGACUGACAAGCGCACAGACCAGGCGCUCGCCAUCAUCCACCGGUCUGCCCGCCGGAGCCGCCUCCACGGCGUGGGACCCGGUUGCAGACGUCCACGGAGCCGGCCAGAUAGCGACAUGCAGCGAGCACUCCCCAGACUGCCCCAGCUGGGGAACCUCCUGGGCGGCGCAGCGCGACGGUGACCCGCGCGGGUGCGAGGGGUGUGCCCGGCCCCGCCUGCGCGCCCCUCCCCGCGGUGGCCGCGCAUCCAGGGGCGGCGCGGAGCCCAGCCGCUCGCCCAGCCGCCAGUGCCCGCGAGCGCCGCGCCUGCUCGGGGAAUCCACUUCGCCGCUAGACGCUCCUCGUUUUCUCUCGCUCCCUCCCCGGCUGCUUUCUAUGGCUCUGACUCUGCGGCCGGAGCCUAACCACUAAGGGAGAAACUUUUCCUGCUGUUUCUUCUCCCCACCCCUUUCCAGGAGAGGAUUAAAAGUUGCAAGAACUGGUGCCGCCCGUGUCACUUGGGUACUCGCUGGCGAGUUCCGAGUCUCAGCCAUGUGCACCAACAUAGUUUACGAGUGGCUGAAAGCGUUACAGCUCCCACAGUACGCUGAGUCCUUCGUGGAUAAUGGCUACGAUGACCUGGAAGUGUGCAAGCAGAUCGGAGACCCGGACCUGGACGCCAUCGGGGUGCUGGCUCCCGCGCACCGCCGGCGCAUCCUAGAGGCUGUGCACCGGCUGCGGGAACAGGAUGCGGCCGCUGCCGGCCUCUACUUCACCCUUGAACCGCAGCCCGUGCCACCGGCACCGCUGGUAGAAGCGGUGCCCCCAGGCCGCCGGGGGGAGCCAUGUGGCAGCUCAGCCCAGGGCACUCGCGGGGACCCCCGUGGCCAGCCGGGCGCUCCCUGCAGCAGGGAGCUGGUGAGCUACCCUAAGCUGAAGCUGAAGAUCAUGAUCCGGGAUAAGCUGGUCCGCGAUGGCAUCCACCUGAGCAAACCCCCAUACUCACGCAAGGUAAGUGGUAUUUCUUCUUCGUUGCUUUGGGGAGUAUUGAUCCAUCAUCUGGUAAGUGUUUGCUUUGUUGUGGGACCUGCUGUUAUCUGAAGGUUACAUGAGAAGUGCUGUAAGAACCAAAGACAAAGUGGAAAAACACCUUGUUUUAGUGGGAAUGCUCGUGUGUGUUAAAUCUAUUUUAGAGUGAUUUUUGUGGGGUGAGGAAUAAUUCUUUGGUGUUGCCACACACUGUGUUCUUAUUUCUGGAAGAAGGCCCAGUAGCUGAUUGAGUGAUGAUGAAAUUUGCCUUUCAGACAUUCUUUUUAUAUGGAUUUUCUUUUCCUUAUUAUUAUUAUUAUUAUUAUUAUUAUUAUUAUUAUUAUUAUUAUUAUUUAUUUUAGCUUCUUUCCACUGUCCUUCAGCUUUUCUAAGUGCCUCCCAUCCUCUGAUUAUUAUAAAACCAUAAAACUCCAGAGGGAGGUAUUUUGUUGAAGAUUUUGCUACUUAUGUGAGCCAUGUUGUUCUGUUAUAAUGGCUGUGUUCCUCUCUUUCUCUUUCAACCUCUUAUCUUGCAUCCCAUACACAAUGACUUUAUCUGUACAGUAUUAGGGGACUAGAGAUUACUAUCCACCAUCAUUAAGGUCUACUGUAUUACAACAUUUUUAUUAAGGUACAAAGUCUGGUAUGCACUUAUCUCUCUAGGCACAAUCACAUAUGCAUUGUGCUAUGGAUUUCUUCCCACAAGUUAAUGACAGGAAUUGGCUGUUAACACUGAGAGUUCUCCUUUAACAGAACAACUGCGGCACAAUAUAAAAAGGAAAUAAGAAAAAAACUGAGCGCUUUGGCUCAUACAUAUCAUAGGAGAAUAUAAAUGAUGUGUACAACAUAUGGAGCUUUUGCUUUGUUUCUGAUAGUUGAGUCUUUUACCUUUUAGAGAUGAUCUAGAAAAUCCUCUCAGCAUUGUCCUCUGAUUGAAGUAGAGGGAGAGUCACAUACAUGUAACUUUCUUACAAUAUUUGUUCAGGUCAUUGGUUCUGGUAGACACAUUCGCUCUAUGAAGCACUAGGCACAGCAAGGUUAUAUUUGAGAUUCUGGUCCUUCAUAUUCCUCACCCAAAACAAACAAAACAACCCUGCACUUAAUUAAUUAAUUAAUUAAUUAAUUAAUCAGAUAUCUAUGUAGGAUUGGGGGCUAUUGUUUGUUUUUCUUGAACAGACUUCUGUUGAAACGUUUAGUGCUAGCUCCUUUAGUGCUCGCUUGGUUUCUGCGGAGGAUUUUUUUUACAAUCAGCACUUAAAAUAUGUUUUACUUGUGUUUAUGUAUGUUUAGUAGGAUGUGUUUGAAGAAGAGUCCCCAGAGGUCACCUAAGUUGCUCUUGACACUUUCAAAAGACUACAGAUGUUGCUUUAAAUAACCCGUAAUGGGAUUCUGAGCCCCUGCUGUUUCCUGUGUUGCAGUAGAAUUUUUCUAUUAAAGAUUCUGGAUUAAAGAGAUCAGAAAACAGGAGACAAAAAGAUAGAAAGGUGAAAGGGGUUAGAUUUCAAGCUUGCAUAGGCUUUCCCAGCGACUUUGAAGCCUACCAGAGCCCCACAGACAUGUGAACCAAGACGUUAUUUGAACAGCUUGCUCAACAAUGGGCUAGAUGGCGAAGCACGUUUUAAAUUGACAAAGUUAGCCCUUGUGGGUAGUUUUUAUUCUUUGCCUUUGACCUUAUUGGAUGCCAUAAAUGAAAUAUGGCGGUGUGGGUUUGAAAAGGCCAGGGGCUACGUAUUUAUACCUCCACUGACAGAGAGGAAAAACGGAGGCGUGAGCAAACAUGGUCUGUUUAACUCCAUCCAGUUAGCUCAGGCGGCAGUAACACAAAGAUGCCAUGGUUCUAAUCUGUAACUCUGUUUGGAUAUGAGAUCUCCCAUUAUUAUUUUUAAAUUCUUUUCAUUUGGUUCAGGUAAGCCACGCAGAAAGGUCAGAUCUGACGAGGCAGCUUGACUGUAUGUUCACUGUACAAGGAACUUGAAAAUACUUAAUGUGAGGGAGUCUAUUUUUAAUGUAGAUUUCAUGAUUUGUCCCAUGCUGUUUCUAUUAUGAAUGUCUUCCACUUUGCAAUCAGAUGUAGUAGAGCCUCUGCCUGUGAGCUCAUUUCAGAAAUCCUUAUUUGUCAUGCUAGAAAAUGCCAUUGUAACCAUCUACAGCCUUUAAUGACCCUGCCAGAUUUCUCCAUGAUUAUCUGAGUGAUAGUUGUACAAUGUGCCUUUCUACAUUGCUUGAAAAUUCAUGUGCGAUACCAUUAACUGAGAGAUAUUAUAAUUCUUCAACAUUAAAUUUUUAAUUAUAUUACAUUCAUUUUGCUACAAUGCAUUCAUCAUAUAAUCCAAAUAUGACCAAGUGCGUUGAAAAAUUGUUCUGAAUCAUGAGGCUCUGUGAUUAAUCUCUUUGCUUUAGUGACUAUGUCCAUAUUAAAACCAUAACGAGAACUGCCAUGGACCCUUGUCCUUAUGAAACUAUAAUCCCAAAGAAGAGGUCAUGGAAAUGCCAACCUUAAAAAUGGAGCUGAUCACAAUGUAAGAUGCAUGGUGUAGAAACCAGAUGUCUUUGAAGGACUGGAGGAUAGGAGUUGUUAAAAUGUGUGCAUUGUUCAUUAUGUAGGGAAAAAAAAAUGCAGCUGUUUCUAGAGCUAAUCUGAUCUUUGUGAACUCUCACCAUAUCAAGUAGAAGACUCUGAAUUUACUGAUGAGUUAAUCUCUUUCUCUUAUUUAAAUGGUCUCCUUCUGUUAUGAAUAAAAGAGAAAAUACGGACGUUCAGCCCAUUUAAAGGCUCUGACUGAGAGAAUCAGUUGUUCGCCUAUAGCUCCCAUGACAGGAUGGUUAGAUACAUGAGGCUGCUGGAAGUAUUAUCUCUUGAUGACUUGCUGGGUCAUAUGUGUAUACUAUGGAGAGAGACCUCCCUGAAUUAGGAUAAGGUUUGCAUGUACUUCCCAGACUCCUGGAGCAAAGUGUGGUUUUACCUCUCUUCCCUUGGUAUGUCCUCCUAAGACCUAGCUUGCCUGCACUUGCCCUCCAGCUGGCAAGAUCAUCCUGCACUCAAGCUGCAGUGACCAGUAGGCUAGAGAGUUCUAGCUAGUGUUGAUGAGACAAGUAAGCUGAGGACAUCCCCCCAGAGCAGCUAAAUUAGAUUAGCAUGAGAUUGUGAGAGCUUUUUGGUUCCCUGCUGCACCCACCCAGCUAAACAUCCUGGAACCCUUUGAAGCAGUCUUCCCCAAAUCUCCUAAAGGACACAGAAUACAAAAUCUCUUACCUUCAAGUCAGGGUGACACUCUUGUCACUGAAGUUAUGAAGUAGGGCAAGAAGAAAAAAAUAUUCUCUCUGCUCCUUCUGCAGGGUUUUUCUCUUUUCAUGGUCCUUUGGUAAUAGUCUACUCUGUCUACUCUAUCUAUCUAUCUAUCUAUCCAUCAUCUGAAUGCCUGUCUAUUUAUUAUCUACUUUUUCAUUAUAUUCACAGUUCUGUCUACUCCACAGUAUAUGGUAAAUUCCAAGAACUAGUACCCAACUUGGUUUUAUUCCAAAGAAAAGCAAAUAAAACUUUAACAUAUUCUUUUCUCAUCCAUCCUGACCUUCAGAAUCAUGGGCUUAACUCGAAGACUGUAUUUCUUCAUCAAAGGCUGAUUACAGACACUUUCUCCACCACAUUCUCCCUCCCUUCAUCGUUCCAUUUAUUUUCACUAACAUAACCCUAAAGCCCUCUUUAUACAAGGCAGGCUUUGGGCUCCUAAGUGACCAAUUCGUUCACACAGAAAUUGAGAGGAAAAUACAUUGAAAUUUGUCAGAGUCUGUUCAGAGAGAGUGUGCUUCUGAUGAGCUAAUGUGGGGCUAAUUAGCACAGGCUAAUGUGGGGGCUGCAGAGAAAGACUCUGCAGGAAGGGAAA